AUGGAGAAUGCAGCUUUGAAGAAGAGGGCUCACUUGCCGGUGUCAAGGAUUAACACUAUUAUGAAGAGUUCUUCAGAUGUGGACAAUGUAGAUAAACAAUCAUCUUUGCUAAUGUGUAAAGCAACAGAGAUGUUUAUAGGAAUGUUAGCGCUAGAAGGUUACAAGAAGGCUAACCAAGCCAAAAAAUUAGACUACAAACAUAUAGCUGAAAUAGUGCAUGCAGAAGAAAAAUAUAAUUUCCUUAGGGACAUAAUGCCCAAAAAAAUUUCAGUUUUAGAAUACAAAAAUAUUAUGGCGAAAAAACAGGCGUUAAAUAAUAAGCAAACAAAAGAAGAGGUUUCCUCCUCAAGUUCCUCAGACGAAGAAGACUCUAGUUCUGGAAGUGAAGCAAGCAAUGCAAGUGCAUAG